AUGAUUCAAAUUGUAUUAUGGGAAAUACCCCAUAUUCAAUUAUCUGUUCACGAACAAGUAAAUUUAUAUCAAUCAAUUACAAAAGGAUUAACUAUACCAAUCGCAUUUCGUAGCUGGGAUCUAUAUACUUACCCAGAUAUACCACACAAUACCGGGCAUCAUAUAUGGAAUGUUAAAACAACGUCGCAAAUAGAAAAGUCACGCUAUAUUAUAUUUGCUUUGCAAACAAAUAAAAAAAAUAGCUUAACUACAGAUUCAUUAAAAUUUGAUCAUUGUAAUAUAACUGACGUUAAAGUACAUCUAAAUUCGGAAUAUUAUCCAAAUGAGAAUUUAGAUUUAAAUUUUGAAAGAAACCGUUUUGCAUCCCUUUUUAUGAUGUAUCAAACAAAAAAUGGACCUGUUGAUGUUAAAAUUGAAUUCAAAACUAACAAACAAAUACCAUCAAAUACAACCGCAUAUUGUUUAAUGAUACAUGAUCGUUUAAUUGAAUAUAAUCCAUUAGGAAGCUCAAUAAAUAAAAUUAUUUAA